AUGUCGAUUAUCUUUCGCCCCAACGCAGCGGACGACCAGGAUUGCACGUCAGGACCGCUACGGACCUCCACCAGAGUUUCCUCUGUUCGCCCUGCGCAGCAUAGUUCACCAGCUUUCGGGUCCCGACGCGUGCGCUUCGGGUCCACCUCCCCGGCGCGGCGGUGCGAGACGGCCGGUGGUGCCCCUCGGCGGACUGAGAGGCCUCGGGAUCCCCACUUCGGGGACGGGUCGGGUUGGGUGGCCGACGUCGCCGCCGACCCCGUGCGCUCGCUCCGCCUACGCUCCGCGCGGAGGCUGGAGGCGGGUGGCUCGGACGGACCCCCGGGCCCGACGCGCGACUUCGCCCGGGCGCACUGGGGACAGCCGCCCCCGCCCCCGGCACCCCCCCGUCGGCGCGACGGAAGGGGCGGGGUGGGAAGAAGCGGGGCGCGGGCCGUGGAGGGCGGCCCGCCCCCCUCGGGAGGGUUGCCCCUCCCUCCGCCGCCCGCGCCACCUCCGGCCGCGAGGGCGGGAGCGCGGGGCGGGCGGGGGAGAGCGCGGCGACGGGUCCUGGCUCCCUCGGCCCCGGGAUUCGGCGAUCGCUGCUGCCGGGGCGGGGCUGUAACACCCGGGGACCGGGUCCCGCCGGCCCCGCCCGCCGAGACGGACGGGGACCGGGCGGGGACCCCCGGGCCACCUUCCCCGCCGGGGCCUUCCCAGCCGUCCCGGAGCCGGUCGCGGCGCACCGCCGCGGUGGAAGUGCGCCCGCGGCGGCCGGUCGCCGGCCGGGGGCGUCCCCCGCCGACCCCACCCCCGGCCCCGCCCGCCCGCCGCCACACCCCCCUCGGCCGCACCCCCACCCCGACGCCCCGGAAGGGGGACGGGGCGGCGGAGGGGACCGGGGAGGAGAGGGCCGCGCGGACGGGUGAGGGUCGGAGGAAACGGGGAGCGGGAAAGAUCCGCCGGGAACCGCCGGCACGGCCGGACGCGCGCCGCCGGGUUGAAUCCUCCGGGCGGACUGCGCGGACCCCACCCGUUUACCUCUUAACGCAACCCGACUCCGGGAAGACCCGGGCCCGGCGCGCCGGGGGCCGCUACCGGCCUCCACACCGUCCGCGGGCUGGGCCUCGAUCAGAAGGACUUGGCCCCCCACGAGCGGCGCCGGGAGUGGUCUUCCGGCGGGGAGCCGGGGGUGCGGAGGCGGGCGCGGGGAAAGGAAGGGGGACGGGCGCCGUGUGGGGGCGCGGGGAGGCCCCGUCGGAGGUUGGCGGGGGAGGAGGAGGAGGGAGGAGGAGGAGGAGGAGGAGAGGAGAGCGGGAGGGCCGGGGCGGGCGGCGGCGCGGAGCGGAGGCGCGGAGGGGGCGGCGGAACCGUCCCCGCGACCCGACUCACCCGCACGCGUCCGCCGCCGGACCCGCACCCGGCACGACACCGCGUCCUCCCCCCCGCACCACCACACCACCACCACCACCACCACACCCACGCCCCCGAACGAACCGCGCGCCGCCCCCGGGACGCUCCUUCCCCUUUCCCCCUCCUCCGCGCACAAGCCACGCGCGACCGCGAGGCUCCCGGAGAUGGAAGGCCGGCCCCGUCGGUCGGGGCGACGCGCACGCGACGCGCGAGAGCCGCGGAGAGAGUCGAGGGAGCGCGGGCGCGGACCCCGCCGCCGGAGGGCGGGUGACGCGCGCCCACGCGCCGAGGCUUCCACGGCGCCGACGGCCGCCCGGUGCCCGCCGCGGGAGACCCCGUCUUUCGCUCUUUUGUCCACCCCCACCACCGUCCCCCGCGCUCUUCCUCGGACCCGCCGGCUCCGCGAGGCCAGCCCUCCCUCCCCGGAGGGGGCGGAGGCGGCGGGCCGGCCGACCGGGACGAGACGGGAGGGGCGGGAGGGCGGGAGCGAUGGGCGGGACGGCCCCGGGGCGGGACGGGACGGACGGGCGGCGGGUGAACACGGGCCGGCGUCGGCGGUGGGCUCGGGCGACGCGGCGCGACGCGGCCGCGCCCCGGGAGGGAAGCGCGCGCGGGACGGACACCGCGGCGUCCCGCGGGCCCCCCCGGGGCGUGCGUCCCCGGGGGCGCGGACCCCGCAAACGCGACCCGCGGGGCCUCGGAGCGAGCCAGACGGACCCCGGUGCGGCGCGAGACGCCGUUCCCGGACGGGAACGCCGCGGGGACGCGGGAAUUCGUCGCCUCGGCGUGAGCGCCUCCCCGCGGGCCACGGGCCGCGGCGGAGGGCGCCCGCGACCCUCGCUCUCUCGCUCGUCUCGGCGACGUGACGCGCACGCGAUCGGCCGUCGUCUGCUCUUAGGGGACGGAGGGCCCGCGGACGAGAGUCGGGCUGGCCCACGAGCAACCCCCAGCCGCGCGACAACCCCCCCCUCCCCGGCUGGAGAGCUCGGAAGCAGACCACCGCGGGGGAGGCGAUUGAUCGUCAGGCGACGCUCAGACAGGCGUAGCCCGGGAGGAACCCGGGCCGCAAAGUCGUACGAGGUUUUUACACGAGGGUGGACGGCGGGCGGGGCGCGCGCCGGCGUGGGAGAGGGACGAUCGCGUCCCCCCCCACCCGCACGCGCGCGCGCGCCCACGCCCUCCCGCCCGGCUGACGCGGCACACAGCCCCCUCUCCCGUCCCCGCGGGCGGUCGGAAGAGGGGGAUCGCCUCGGUCCGGCCAGCACAGGUGACGACGAGACGAGAACGCCUUUUGGGGUCGGGAAGAGAACGAGACGCGGGGGGCCGGCAUCCGUCCGGCGCCACCCGCGAGGGCGAGCGCGCGGGCGGCACCGAACCCCCACAGGCGCCCGGGGGUUCCCACCACCGCCCCCACGGCGACCCAGAGCGGAACGGAGAGGGCGGACAGCGCGAAAGCGACGCGCGCACGCGCGGCACCACGGCGACGGUCCCCGAGGGUCUCCCAAACCCCGGCGGGGCCGCCGCGGGCGCGCGCGCGGGCGCCACGGCCCACCCCGCCGCCCGACCUGGCCCGUCGUGGGGUUUGGGUGGCGGAGUCCGGAGGAGACCGGGAAGAGCGUGUGUGUGUGUGUGGGGAGAGAGCGGACCGGGACGGGGCCCCGGACCGCACGACGCCCCAUCACGCGGCCCCACGACCCACGCGGGGCCCGCCGCCCCGACCCCGCGGGCGGACGGGCGACCCCCGAGGGGUCUUUAAACCUCCGCGCCGGAAGCGCUAGGUACCUGGGACAGGAGCGGCGGACGGGCGAGGCGGGGAGGGACGGCGGAUCCGGGAGCGAGCCGGCUCCACCCCCCCUCGAGCUCCCCCCACCACCGCCUGCACGGCGCGGGACACGCGGGACCGGCCGCGGCGCCGCCGGGCCCCGCGACGCGGAGCGGACGCACGCCCCCCCCACGGCCGCUCCCACACGCUCCGCCCUCGCGCCUUCCCUCCACGCCCCUCACCUCCUCGCGCCACCCCCGGCCCGCGAGACCCGCGGGGAUCCCGGGACCCGCCUCUCCUUCCACGACGCGCGCCGAGCGAGCGGCGCCGGGGGAGGAAGGGGCGUGCCGCUCGCGGAGGCGGUGGAGCUCGCGGGGCGACGGGUGACGCGCGGAGAAGAGACCCGGAGGCGAGGCGGCCGGGCGGGCGGGCGGGCGAGAACGGCCGGCGAGGGGAGCGAGACGCCCGCCACCCCCCCCCACCACACGGCGUGGUGGGGCGGCCGGCGCCGCGGGAGACGGCGCGGACGGACGGGGGACCCCGAACGGACCACCCGCGUACGGGCGGGCGGGCCCCCGCAGAAACGCCCGCACCCCCCGGGCGCGCGGCGCCGAGGGCGACCGGCGGCCCGCGAGACCGCGCGCGGGCGGGGAGACUCGGAGGGAGGAGCGGGGAAGCGGAACGCUCGAGGUCCGCCCCCCGAUGCCCCGGACACACCGCGAGACGCCGCCCGAGAGCGGAAAGCCGGGCCCGCGGUGAUAGUCAAGUUCACCGUCUUCUCCAGCGCUCCGCCAGGGCCGUGGGCCGACCCCGGCGGGGGCCGAUCCGAGGGCCUCACUAAACCAUCCAAUCGGUAG